GCAAAAUUAUCUGGCGGUCUUUGUACGCGUGUUUUUGCGCGCGCGCGCCCCCUAGCAAGGGCCCCGCGACCCGCUACAAACGUCCAACCGUCCGGUGGCGACAAGUGUGUAAACCGCUUUGCCCCGCCACUCUAUCACUAUAUAGUUACUUGACGACGAACACUUCCUUCACAGUCGUUCGUUAAAUGCACGUCUUACGUCGUUGACAUUGUUGAUUAUUUUUCCUGAGAUUCUCUACGAAAACGUUUAACGCUCGUCUGACAUCGACGACAUUGUAGAUUAUUUUUUCUGAGAUUCUCUACGAAAACGGCACGCAAUGAAUUCAACGAUCAACAAGGAAAACGUAUUGGAGAACUCGUCGCAUCAAGUGCAGAAUGAUGUUCUUAAAACUAAAACUGUUAAGCCGUCACAUGUAUUAUACGAGGUACACUCCAACAUACUUUCACCAAUUAGAUCUCUAGAUAACGAUCAGAAAAAUUCAAAUUAUUUAGAUAUAAUGAAUACAUACAGAACAAAUUUUGAUGGUACAAUUGAACCAAUUUUAAAAGAAAAUCCUAAACGUUUUGUCAUAUUUCCUAUUAUAUACCAUGAUAUAUGGGCUAUGUAUAAAAAACAGGAAGCCUCAUUUUGGAAUGUAGAAGAAGUUAAUUUAAAAAAUGAUCUUGAUGAUUGGGUCAAAUUAACUGAUGAAGAGCGACACUUUAUAUCCCAUGUAUUGGCAUUUUUUGCUGCUUCAGAUGGCAUAGUUAAUGAAAAUCUUGUUGAACGAUUUUCUCAGGAAGUUCAAAUAACAGAAGCUAGAUGUUUUUAUGGAUUUCAAAUAAUGAUGGAGAAUAUACAUUCAGAAAUGUAUAGCUUAUUAAUUGAUACAUACAUUCAAGACCCCAAAGAAAAAGACUUUUUAUUCAACGCUAUUGAAACCAUGCCUUGUGUAAAAAAGAAGGCGGACUGGGCACUUAAAUGGAUAGGUGAUACCAAUGCUACUUUUGGUGAACGAUUAGUUGCAUUUGCUGCUGUUGAAGGUAUAUUCUUCUCUGGAAGUUUUGCUGCAGUAUUUUGGCUUAAAAAAAGAGGAUUAAUGCCAGGUUUAACUUUCAGUAAUGAGUUAAUUUCUAGAGAUGAGGGCUUACAUACAGAUUUUGCUUGCCUCUUAUUUAAGCACUUGGUGCAGAAGCCUCCUCAAGAAAUUAUAAUUCAUAUUAUAUGUGAAGCCGUUACUAUUGAACAAGAUUUUUUGACAAAUGCUUUGCCUGUUAAAAUGAUAGGUAUGAAUUGUGAAAAGAUGGCCACAUAUAUUGAAUUUGUUGCUGAUAGAUUGUUAAUUGAAUUGGGUUGUGCUAAAAUUUACAAAUCAUUAAACCCAUUUCCGUUCAUGGAUCUUAUAUCUCAACAAGGAAAAACAAACUUUUUUGAAAAAAGAGUUGGUGAUUACCAAAAAGCUUCUGUGGCCAUUACUGAAACUCCUAAUUUAUCAACAAUGGACAUAACUGAUGAAGAUUUCUAAACUAUUUUGAAUUAUUACUACACUUUUUAAGUGAUUCAAUUAAAAAAAUUUCAGAAUUUGUUCCCGCAGAGUAUUUAAUAACUGAACGUAAAAACAGCAUAUGCACUGUAUUUUAUUAUUAUUUUUUUUUUUUUUUUUUUGUGAAUAGACUCUGAUGAAUAAAUUAUUUAUUAUUA